ACGUCCUUGGGCACAACACAGCAGCCAGAGUGCAGCUGUUUGUUUGAAGUGGGUGUUGUUGUCUGCUUUGCUCCUCGGCUGUUGUCCAGUUGUGGUGGUAAGGAGGUGUGUGCGCGCCUCUCUAUCUGUGCGUCUGUGUGCUUAUUGUUGGAGUGGGGACAGUGCACCAGGGACUGCGAUUGGGUGAUAGUUCGGCAGCAGAGGUGCUGUUUGAUGCUUCGGACCAACGGAUCUCGUCCACAUUUGAAACGCAAGAGAGAAAAUUAUAACAGCAGCAGCAGCAGCAGCAGCAGCAACCAAACCAACAACCAAACCAACAACCAAACCAACAACCAAACCAACAACCAAACCACCAGCAACGGCACACCGGUGCUUGGUGUGACCACAGGCACAAGCCACAAGCGCGGGACUCCAGCUGUGGCUUAACAGCUGGUAUCGCACGGAAACCUGCGGGGAUACGGGACCACCUGCAAACGGCAACAGCCACGAUGGGCGAUGCUUCCGCAAAGGGAUCAGCAGAGCCCACGAUUUUCAUCUCUUUGCGGUUCUCCGAGGCGGGGGCAGCCGGAAAAGAGCUCAAGCGGCAGCUGGAGACGCAGCACAGGCUGACCUGCUUUCUCUGCGACGUCGAGCCUGGCAACGACAUCUCCAGCAACAUUGUGGCCGCGUUGGACGCGUGCAAGCUCGCCGUCAUCAUGGGCACGCGCACGUACGGACAGCCGACGCCAGCCAAGUUCAGCACCUUUGAAGAGCUGCGCUUCAUCAUCAACGAGAACAAACCGUUCUUCCUCAUCAAGAUGUGCGACCGAUUCGAGGUGCCAGACACGCGAUUCCGGCUCCCAGAUGACAUCUCAUACUUUCUAUGGAGGGACGGCGCCGCCUCGUCAUCAGCACCAGCACCACCCAUUCCCCGCAAUCUAGUGCAGCAGAUUGUGUCUCGACUGAAAGAUGCACAAGCGAACCCAACAGCGCCACGGCAGCCAUCGCAGCCACCGCGCGCGCUGCGGGUAGUACCGCAGCGCUUGGACGAGCGCCUGACAAAGUGGCUGGAUGCGCGCGACCUGCUGCACAGCAUCGGCGUUGCGCUGGAGAAGAACGGCGUGCACACCAUGGCUCAUCUUCGCGCCAUAUUGCUUCGCGAGGGCGACGCGGCCUUUCAACAGGUGGGCGGCGUGCUCUCUGUGUGGUCGUUGCUCAAGCACCGCGUGCGCCCGCUGCACAUUGCGCUGUUCCACGACGCGUGCCGCGAAUCAGACUGGAUGGCACCCCUCCCGGCAAGCAGCGAUGACGACGACGAUGCUGCUGGUGAUGCUGAUGAUGAUAAUGGUGAUGAGAGUGGAAGGCGUGGCGCUGGUGUGAGUAUUGGCCCUCGAGUCGCUGCUGGCCGUCAUGGUGAUGCCGGUGAUGGCAGCGGUGGUCAGCAGAAGAACGUGAGCAGCAGCAGCAGCAGUGGCAGGCAGGUUGUCUCUGGCACGAGUCUUGACAGUACUGGCCGUGCGAGCGCGGAAGCUGCUGUAACAUUCAAGACUACCCCCACCACCGCCACCACCAAUAGUAACAACAACACCAACAGCAAUGACAACAGCAGCCGUGGCCGUCACGACCGUGGGAGCACCGAUGCAAGUGACCCCGCUGCUCAGUUGGAUCGCCUUCAAGUUGAUGGCGCCUUGAUGGGUGACAGUCGUGGCAGUGUCAGUGGUGCUGAUGUUGAAAGUGGCAGUGGUGGUGGCAGUGGCAGUCGGUUUCUCGGUGCUCUGCUGCCACGACGGGGAAGGAGAGUGACGUUCGCAAACGCGGCCGAGACAUUCAGCCUGUGGUACACCGCCGCCCCUCUACUCGGCAAUGGGGAUGACAGUAAUGGUGAUGGUGACAGUAAUGGUGAUGGUGGUGGUGGUGGUGGUGGUGGUGGUGGUGAUGCAAAAAGAGCGUUUCUGGCCAAGCUGUCGCAGAUCAAGAGCAAACGCGUGCAGGACCAGAUUAUGGAACUGUGGAAGGGGACCAACCCAACACUUGUCGAUUUGUGCAACAAUCGCAUUUCGGACAUGGGCGCGACGGCGCUGGCGGAUAUGCUCAACACCAACACGCAUUUGCGCGAACUCAGACUGCACGACAACCGCAUCGGUGACUUCGGUGCCACGGCAAUUGCAGAAAUGCUUGCAAGCAACAAGUCCCUGGAAAUCCUGGAGCUGAACAACAAUCAAAUUGGCGACAGUGGUGGCCGAGCGAUUUGCGCAUCCCUCGCAGGCAACACCGCGCUGCGUGAACUCGACCUGCGCGGGAAUCGCCUUCGCGGAGAUGCCGGUCGUGCACUCGGAACAGCGCUCAAGGAAAACAGGGCCCUGCGCAAGCUCAAUCUGAAGGGCAACAGGCUUGGUCCCCAGGGCGGCCGUGCCGUUGGCGAAGGUCUCGUCACCAAUCUCGCCCUCCACAAACUCAUCCUCGAUGACAACCUGAUUGGCGAUGAGGCGGGCCAGGCCAUUGGAAACGCCCUCAAGCACAACAUGUCGCUCGCGAAACUCCAUCUCAAGAACAACCGACUUGGCGAGCUGGCCGGCUAUGCGAUUGGGGAGGCGCUUCUUCGCAACACCAUCCUGCGAGAGCUGCAUCUUGACAACAACCGGUUGGGCGAUGUUGGAGGUCACGCGCUGGGCGAAGGACUCCAGCGCAACACCUCCAUCCACAUCCUCGGACUCCACAACAGCGGGUUUGGAGCGCGCGGACUUGAGGGGCUGGCGGCAGGACUUGAGGACGUUUUCUCACAGCGCCGCACCAUUGCAAAGCUGUUGCCGCCGCGCGUUCGGCACGCCAUUUACCGCCACCGCCAGCGGAAGAAGGAGCUGUCGGCGCUGCUGGAACUCGGAUCCGUGCCCCUGUCCACUGCAAAGGUGUUCGUGUGCGGGGAUUACGGCAUUGGCAAGACGACGCUGAUUGGCGCGCUUCGCUCGUCGCAGUCGUGGUUUGACACGGUGCGCUUGCGGCGGCGGAAGCAGCUGGACGAGCCCGAUCGCCCCGAGGAGCGGACGUCUGGCAUUCAGGUGCACAACUUCACCAUGAAGCGCUGCAAGGACGAUGGUGUGAGCCUUACUCCGACUGGCAGCCGCACGCACUCGCUGUCAUCGUCGUCGCCAUCAUCAACCACACUGGCGUCGUCGGCAUCCUCGUCGUCAUGCGCAUCGCAGGCAACGGUUGCCGCUGCUGCGCGUGCAAUUGCGGCGUCAAAGAAGUGCUCUCUACGGGUGUAUGACUUUGCGGGACAGCUUGACUAUCACGUGGUGCACGAGCUGCUGUUUGCGGACCACAACGCCGUCUUUGUCGUGUGCGUGGACCUGUCCAAGGACCCCGGCACGGUGACGCGCUCGCUGCUGUACUGGCUCCGCUUCAUCAACACGCGCCUGCACCAGGCCGUGUACCGCAGCCAGACACCGCCACACGUCGUUGUCGUCGGCACCAAAGUGGACAAGCACCACGCCCGCCUCACCAUCACGCGCAAGGACACAAACACGGUUGCCACGUUUCCGGCAGGGGACGGGCUGCUGGGCAGCGAGGAAUUUCAACAGUGGUUUGGAAACAGCAUGCGCAUCUACCCGAAGAUUCUGCCAAUCAACUGCCACAGCACGCAGGGCCCUGGCAUGCAGCACCUUCGCUCGCUGCUGCGGUGCGCGUGGGUGGAGGUCGUGCAGAAGGACAUCCAGGUGCCCAAGGUUGUGGAGCUGAUUGGGGAUGGGCUGGAGGCGUGUCGCAAGAAGCAUGCGGGGCCCUGGCGCAUCACGGAGCUGCAGUCGUUUCUCAAGGAAACGGUUGAAGAUCUGCGACACAUGCAAGGGCUCACGGACACCAUCUUCGCCAAGGCCCUCAGCUACCUGCAUGUGCGUGGGGACAUUCUGUGGUUCAGCAGCGUGCCGUCCCUGAGCGAGCACGUGUUUGUGUCGCCGUCGUGGCUCCUCAGCAACAUUGUUGGGCCCGCGCUUGCGCCAGAGCAUUUCAUCAUCAAACGCCUCAACCCCCGUGAUGGGGAGGUCACGUUUGAUGAAAUCAAGCACGUGUUUGGCGAGCUCAUGCCCGCAGACUUGGUGGUGGACGUGUUGUCCAGCAUGCUGCUGUGCUUUGAGCUUGCAAGCAGCAAGCGCGGCAUUGGCAGCCACCACCGCGUGUUCAUGCUGCCCUCGCGCCUGGAAGCGAACACGUCGCGCAUAUGGGAGCCUGACGGCGCGGCGCAAGUGUUUGCUGGGCGGCGGCUCGUUGUCAAGGACAGCAGCGGGAUGGUGUUUCCACCCGGCCUAUUCCCGCGCGUGCAAGUCCGCCUGUUCUCGUUCUUUGGCGACUCGAUGAGUCUUUGGCGCGCCGGGUUUGCUGGGUUGUUUCAGAUGGUCGAGUGCUUUGGGCGUAUGAGUGGCAGCGUGAUUGACGUCUGGGUGCGCGCGCCGCAAGGCUUUCACGAGCUUGCCUGGAUGGUCCUGCACAUGGUGAUGCAAGAGGUGAAGUUUGAGGCCGAGGGCAUCACGACGGAGGAGUUUAUCGUCAGCUUCAGCCACUUGUCGCGCUACUUUCCGCACCCGGCUGCAUAUUUGCUGUCGGAUGUGCAGGACGCCGAGGAUGGCUAUGUCUCCACCACGUACCGUGAUGCCCUCACAUUGGCAUCAUCAUCAUCAUCGUCGUCGUCGUCGUCGUCGUCGUUGAAGCCAUCUGUGACGGACAAGACAGACAAUUUGCUGCGGCGUGAACUCUUUCUGUCGUGA